AUGACAACCUUCCUGUUCGGUGCAAUUCCGGACGCUCCGGAUGCAGUUUUGCGUCGUUUUCAGCGACUAAUAGACUUGGAACAGCAACAGCAGGAGAGUGACAUCACUACCGGUGAAAAUGGGAGGGAGUGGAUGGUGCGAUUGUCUGCCAUGAGGAAGAAUUGGUACGAAAAGGAGGUCUCUUUUGAGCGCCGCAAUGCACGUUAUCAGAAACAGCUCAAGGAGGUCGAAUUUCAGGAAACAGAGCUUAAACGACUCCGUGACUGGAGGGAUUCGCUUAAGGAGCAAUUGGAGAGUCUAUCUCGCCAAAAUGCAAAUGUUGUCAAACAUGCCAGCACAACCGACUCAGAAAUACGUCGUCUACAGGAGCGCAUUUCCUUCUACGAGAGGACUUUCGGUCUGGAAAUAAGGCGCACCAAGAACCACAAUAAUGUUCAGGUUGUCAUGCGCGGAUGCUGCGAGGAUGACUACGAUCUCCUGAGUUACGUGAUUCUACGAUUCAAUGCCGAUUCGACUCCGAUGGAGCUAAUCAAAUGCAACCCUCCAGUUGCCGACAUAGAAAAACUCGUCGAGCACUUUAACAAGGCUGGUGAUUUCCGUAGCUUCCUUCUUGUCCUGAGGGACAGAUUUGUCAAGUACCAUAGACUACGGAAGAAGCGCAAGAACUGA